AUGGCUCCCUUGGAGCUGCAAAUUCGAAUUGGAGCUUCUGAGCCUUUUCCGAUUGAGAUCGAGGAGGACGAGACCGUCGAAGCUCUGGCAGUCUUGCUCAUCUCACUGAAGCCCGAGGUGGGAGAGGAGGACUUGCCAAGACUGGUCCACAAAGGCAAGGUCCUGAAGCACGAUGAGGUGCUCAAAGAACUUGGCAUUCACACUGGGGACAUCGUGGUCGCCGUACCUCCGGCAUCCCAGAAGGCAGCGGAGGCAUCACCGCCCCCAGCACCCGUCACGCCUGCACCUGCACCUGCGGCGGGUGGCAGUGCGGACGAGUCUAUGAUCACCCAGCUCUGCGGCAUGGGAUUCGAGCGGUCCAAGGUGCAGGAGGCCCUUGCCGCCGCCUUCAACAACCCGGACCGUGCAGUGGAGUACCUCUUCAAUGGCCGUGGUCCCGGUUGA